UAUUUUAGGCAACUUUAAAAUAUAUAAUAUAUUUUAGAUAUUUUAUAUACUAAUAUAAUUAAUAUAUUUAAGUAUAGAAAUAUAUUUGGAUAUUCGCAAUAUUUUGGUUCGGAUCAGGUUUGGUUUCGGUUAUCUAAAUACCAAAAUUUUAAAUCUAUUCAGAUAUCUAGUAAGUUUCUGUUUGGGUUCGUAACUGGCCAGCCAUAGCUUCACUGGUAUUUUUUAUGUACAUAGAUAAAAAGGUUUGAAGUUGUUAUGAGAAAUCUAAAUUUAUUUCUUCUAUUUCAUUUUUUCAAAAUUUAAAAUACGGGAACAAAAUGAAGAUUUUUUGGUAUGUUAAGAUAGUGAUUUCUGUUUAUUCGAUAAUCAAUAUUUUUUUUUAUGGAAUAUCCUUUAACUAGGUAAGAUUUGGUUGAAUAUUUUUUAAAUAAGAGAUCACGAUUUUGGUAACUACUGCGUGACUUCUUUAACCGAAGGUGGGUGAUUGUUUUGAUAUUUUAAUAUUCUAAAGGAAAUUUAUUUAAUAUAGUCUUCUAUUUUUUUAUUUAUCUAAUCUGUUUGGUUUGAUUUUACAUUAGGUUCUCAUUUUGGACAUUACAUGUAUACAAUAUGGUAAAAAUAUGUAGAGCAUGUAAGUUUUUUGAGUACCUAAAAUUGUCAUGAUACUGCGUAUAUAAUAUAUGUCACUAGAUUUUGAUCCACGAUUAGAAAGCGCAGAGUUGUUGGAUUAUAUUAUAAUACAAAAUUUUAUUAUAUCGAAAAACAUAAUUUUUAACAGCUAUAUAAUCUACAAAUUAGUUUAUUUGAGAUUUUAUAUAUACACUUUUACGUAAGUUUCUUUUCGACAUGAGAAUUAUAUCCGGAUCAAAAAACAAACUAAACCGACCCAAAAUUAUAGGUUAGUUCAUGUCCAGAGAAGAUAACCUAUUUUGUUUUUUCGACCCGCAGGUUUUUGUUUGAGUCCGGGUCCUACCCUAGACCCGAUCAUAAAUAUGUGUUUAUUAGGUAUAUUUGGAUAUUUCGAAUAUGUUUCCGGUAUUAUGGAUAUUGGUUUUAAGUUUUUGGUUUACGAUUAGAUUUUUGAUUUCAGGUAAAUUUUUCAAAUUAAAAAGACAAUUGGGUAUUUGGAUAAAAUUUUGGGUAUUUUCCAGUUCAUCGUGUUAGAUUUUGAAUAAGAUUUUAAAUUUUUAGAUAUUUAAAUUUUUUUGGUAUUUGUUUGGAGUUUCAAAUACUUUUCGUGUUUCAGAUAUUUUUCAGAUUUUUUAUAUAUUUCGAAUUCUUUUAGGAUCUUAAAUACCCGAACAGAUGUGGACCCAUUACGUCCAUAUUAGGUCCAACAAUUUUUUGAUAUAGAUUUUUAACGUUAUUGUACAAAAACAUGGUUGAAAUAUUUUUCUGAGUAAAAGUAUCAUAAGAAAUAAUAUUAAGAUCUGUUAAAAAUAUUUAAAAUAUUUUAUGUUUAGAAUGAUUAAUGUAUUAUCAGAAAAAUAAUAAAUAGUUAUACAUAACUCCAACAAUUUUUUUAUAUUAGAAUUUUUAAAACUCUUUCCCUUUUAAUCGUAUUGAUUCGUUUUAAGUGAAAAGUAUAUAAAAGUAUAAUAUCUGAGCAAAUAAUUUUCAAAAUCUUGAAUAAUCAAUACUGAUAUCGUGAAGUCGGGUUAGCUUUAAUAGAACCAAUGAAUUUCUUCAUUUUUGUGAAGGUAACAUGAAUAUUCAGAAAAAUCAUUUUUAAAUAUGAAAAUAUUAUCAAACUAUAGACGGUUGAAAGUUUAGUAUAUGAUAUGAGAUUUUAGUGGGAAAGUUUAUAUAUGAUAUGAUUACUUUAUUAUAAACGAAAAAGGAAGUUAGAAUGUACACAUAUAUGUCUUGUAAUUUAUCUUGCUUUAAAUCAUAUAUUAUAUGAUCAAAGUGAUAAUAUAAAACAUUAGUUUCAAUAUUUUUACGAUUAAAAACCAAAAUGAUAAAUAUAGUAAUAGUAAUGAUUAGAAUUUAGGAGUGAGAUUUAAAUAAAUAAAAGAAUUGACUAAAUUAUUGUUACAGAAAUAUAUGGUAACAUUGUUAGUAUAAAUUUAAGGUAAGACCAACAAAUAAUGAAUUAAAUGAAAGGGUUCAAACAACUUUUAUAGGUAGAUUUUUUUAGACUCCUUCCCUUUUAAUAGUAUUGAUUUUGUGUAAAAAUAUGAAUGUGUUAAAUCGUUCCCAAAGUUACCUUGAACCGAUUAUGAACAAAGGGUUAAUGACUUGCAUGUUCACAUUUGUUUAUGAACAUAUCUAAUUGCUUAUACUUGGUUUAUAUGUUUAUUAUUGUUUUAUUAUUUAAGAAUAAAUCGUUCCCACUUUAGAGUAAAUCGGUUUGGUCAGUUUUUAAUUAAUGACUAAACCUCAAAAGUAUAGGUUAAUAAAAUAAGUAAUUUGUUUUGUUGUUCUAUUAUUUGAUGAUUUUUAGACCGAACUCGUAAAUAUAUACUAGAUAAACAUUUAUAUUUCGAGUAUGAACUUAUAUUCUAUAACAGUUUGAUAUAUUAUAUUUGAACAUUAACCUGUGAAUUAAGUUUUCCGGUGGUAUUCUUCAAAAAUUUGAUUUUUAGAUAUGUAUUUGGAGUGAAAAUAAUUUUUACAAAUGUCCAUCUUUUUAAAUUGACACUUAUGUAGUUUACUCAAUUCAAAGAAAAAGUUACAAAAAGAAACAAAAUUCAUAUCAGUGAAACAUAAACGAAAAUGAAAAAACAAUUUUAUAGAUUUAUAAAAUAAAAUCACUUAUGGAGCUCAAUAGUAAACAAAUCGAAAGCAGAAAACCUAAAUUCCUUUCGGCAUUUUACAAUCGAUGUUGCAUAUCUGGUUUUGUGAUUUGUGUCCGCUACAAAACUUAAUUUUUUUUUAUGCAUAUGAAAUUUUAAUAAUAAUUAAAAUGAACCGUAAUAUGUUAACUCUUCAACAACAAUUAUACAUUUAAGAAACCAACAUUUGUACUUGGUAUUUUACAAUCGGUAAAGAUUAUAGUGUUACAAAAUGUUAAAACUAUUCAAUGAACAAAUAUUAAUAUAAAAAAUUCAUCUUGCAUAUGCGUCCGGGAUAUCAUCUAGUUAUUUAGUACAAUGGUAAGAUCAUAGGAUGUUUCUCGGUUAAUGAUGAGUAUUAUAUGAUAUGUCUUUAAAUUUAAUGACUUUCUAGUGAGAGUCCGUUUUAAAAUAUCAACAAAAGAUUGCGAUUUAUAUUUUAAUAAAUAAGAUGUAAAUUAUCGGUUUAUAGUCAACUUAAUCCGCUCUGGAAGGGAAAAAAAUUGAGGUCUCGAGUAAUUAACGGACGGACAAGUAGUUGUGAACCCCAACCAAAAGGAAAUAAUUAGUUUUAUAUCUAAAUUACUUCUGAAAUUUAUAUUCUUGAUUUAGACAACAUUUUCAGUUUCUUUUCCCAACAAAACUUUAUUUUAUUUGGUCUUAUUCUCAUCACAACGCUUAAAGAAUGCUCAUGAUCAUCAAAUCAAGAAGAAGAUGGAUCCAAAGUUGUUGUUCUGUUUGCCACAAGGAGAUGAAUUGUUUAACCCCCUUAAUACUCUGUUUAUUCAAAUGGGUUGCAUUCUCGUUUUCUCUCAACUAUUUUACCUCAUGCUCAAACCAUGUGGUCAAGCUGCUCCCGUCGCCCAGAUUCUCGCUGGUAUUGUGUUGAGUCCUGUUCUGCUCUCAAGAAUCCCUAAAGUUAAAGAGUUCUUCCUCCAGAAAGAUGCAGCAGAUUACUACUCUUUUUUCUCCUUCGUUUUACGAACAUCUUUCAUGUUCUUGAUCGGUCUUGAGUUCGAUAUACAAUUCAUGAGAAGAAACUUCAAGAAAGUCUCUGUAAUAACCUUGAGUUCCUUUUCGGCUUGCAGUCUCCUCAGCCUCGCCUUGGUCUAUAUACUCACCCCUUUGCUCCAUAUCAAAGAGGAUUACUUAACGCUUUUCAUGACUCUUUUCGUUACCUUGUCAAACACGUCAUCUCCUGUCGUCCUCCGUUCAAUUGCUGAUUGGAAACUCAACACAUCUGAGAUUGGACGGCUUACACUCUCCUGUGCGUUGUUCAUAGAAUUAUCAGACGUCGUGAUCUACACUUUAGUCAUAGCCUCCAUCUCUAAAUCUAUGAUAGGUAAUAUCUUCUUGUUUAUUUUCGCCACCGGAGCCCUAAUCUUGCUCAACAAGUUUCUAGCUGCAUGGCUCCCAAAGAGGAACCCUAAAGAAAAGUACCUAUCAAAAGCUGAGACUUUAGUGUUCAUCAUAUUCCUUCUCAUUAUCGCCGUAACAAUAGAAUCCUAUGAUGUUAACUCCUCGGUUUCGGUUUUCACCAUUGGUAUAAUGGUUCCACGACAAGGAAAGACUCACAGAACGUUGAUUCAACGGCUUAGUUACCCUAUCCACGAGUUUGUUCUUCCGGUUUACUUUGGUUACAUGGGAUUCAGAUUCAGUAUCACUGCGUUAACCAAACGUUAUUACAUCGGUCUCGUUAUUAUAGUGAUUCUAGCCUUAGCUGGGAAACUUAUUGGUGUAAUAUGCGCUUGUAUGUACCUGAAGAUCCCCAAGAAAUAUUGGCUCUUCUUACCAACUAUUCUCUCUGUUAAAGGUCAUGUGGGUGUUCUUCUUCUCGACGCAAACUACUCCAAAAAGAAAUGGUGGACAACAACAAUCCAUGAUAUGAUGCUGGCAUCGUUGGUGGUCACGACGCUAGUAAGCGGUGUCCUAGCAUCUUUCUUGCUUAAAGCAAGAGAAAAAGACUUCGCUCCCCAGAAAACUUGUCUUGAAUCUCACGACACUCACGAGGAGCUACGCGUUUUAUCUUGCGUUUACGGAGUCCGCCACGCUCGUGGUACAAUCUCUCUAAUCUCAGCCUUGAGCGGUUGUCAUGGAGCCUCUAAGCCCUUCGCGGCUCUGCUUAUGCACCUCGUACCACUCCCCAAGAAACGAAAAUCAUCAGAACUCUUGUAUCACGAGCUCGGUGAUGACGUGCAUGGAGAUGAUGAGUUUGGAACCAACGAUGGGUUAGAGAUCAAUGAUUCGAUUGAUUCCUUUGCUAAAGACAGUAAACUCUUGAUCCAACAGGUCAAGCUCGUGACCAAGAUGCUUAACAUGCACGUAGAGAUUUGUAACGCGACAGAAGAUCUUCGCAUUUCGAUUGUGUUUCUUCCGUUUCAUAAACACCAGAGGAUAGAUGGGAAGACUACAAACGAUGGAGAGAUUUUCAGACAGAUGAACAGGAACGUUUUAAGACACGCUCCAUGUUCGGUUGGUAUUUUCGUGGACCGGAACAUAACCGGGUUUCAACAACCGCACGGCUUUGAUUCGGUACAACAUGUUGCUGCAUUGUUCUUUGGUGGUCCUGAUGAUCGUGAGGCUUUAGCUCUAUGCAGAUGGCUAGCUAACAACACUCUGAUUCAUCUCACGAUUAUACACUUCGUUUCAGAGGAUUCUCAGACAGAGAGUCCUGUCAGGAACACGACAACACAAGACAAUAACGAUGUUUUCAUCGAGGUUGCGGGAAGAGAUCAAACUGAACACGAAGCAGACCGAAGUUUCUUAGAAGAAUUCCAUAACAGAUUUGUGACAACGGGACAAGUGGGGUUCAUGGAGAAGCGUGUGAGUGAUGGACCGCAUACGCUGACGAUUCUAAGAGAGAUAGGAGAGAUGUAUUCACUGUUUGUGGUUGGGAAGAGCAGAGGAGACAGCCCUAUGACGGUGAGAAUGAAAGAUUGGGAAGAGUGUCCGGAGCUUGGAACUGUCGGUGAUUUCUUGGCUUCAUCUUUAGAUGUAAAUGCUUCUGUAUUAGUUGUUCAAAGACAAAGACAUUCACAUGAUAACUUUCUAGAUGAUUAGCAAAACAUAUCUUAGUUUCAGCCACUUUUCUAAAAAUCGGUCUUGCGGCG